AUGGGAAUUUCAAAUUUCGACAAGUUUGCCCGCGUUACAAUCUAUCAAAUCCACGUUCAUGAGUACGGCUUUGUGCUAUUUCCGACUUCAUUUCUUGAGAACACAAUGAUGCCUGCUCAUUGGGGAAUGGUCUUGUAUGGGAGCUUGUUUUGUCAGAGUCUCGUCCUUUUAGCCUUUCACUUUGUAUAUCGAUAUCUACUCAUUUGCAAAAAUCAUUUCCUCUACUUAUUCAACUCAGCAAAAUACAUCCCUUUGUGGUUUUCGCUUUGGCUUUUGAUGGGAAUCAUUUGGGGAACCGUGCUUCAUAUUUAUAUGUAUCACUCGAAAAUGUUGACGGACUAUUUUCGUGAGACUCUCUGGGAAACGUAUGGCUACGAUGUGAACAAAAGUGCAAUCCUUGGACCAGUCUAUAGACAUCCAAACGAACUCGGAGUGUUAGUCUGGGACUGGGGACAACUCUUUUCAUUAGCCGUUUGCAUGGGUGAACUUGGAUCCACAUUUAUGGUCAUCAUGUUUUGUACCUGGAAUAUUCAUCAAACGUUAAAGACCACCGCCAUGAGUGAAGCUUCAAAACGGCUGGAGCAACAACUUUUUAAAGCUUUACUAGUUCAGACAACGAUUCCGUUGAUUUUGGAGUAUACUCCAGGUGGAAUCGACUUCCUUUGCCCUCUGUUCCAUAUUCCAAUCGGCAGAGGCACUAAUCUCUCCCCGAUUCUCAUCUCAUUUUACCCUGUUCUCGAUCCAAUUUGUAUGCUCUAUUUUAUCAAAGAUUAUCGAUAUGCAUUGCUAAGGAAACUCAGAUUCAACACAAAUGCAACAGUUUCAAUGGCAAGCGGUGCAAGUGAUAUAUCACAAAAAGCUCAGAUUUAUCUUCAGAAACCAGAGGGAUUUAAAAUUGAAAGAGAAAGAGAAUCUAAUCAA